AUGAUGGAGCCGGAGGAGAGUAGGAUAUCAGUGUGGGUCUGCCGUGAGGAGAAGCUCGUCUUCGGCUUGUCAAAGCGCACAACCUGCGCUGAUGUUGUCGAAGUGCUUCUGGGGGAACAGAAAUCACAGCACGGCCUCUCAACAGCGGCGUGCUCCCAGUCUUACUGCAUCGUGGAGAAAUGGAGAGGCUUUGAGAGGAUUUUACCAAACAAAACCAAGAUACUGAGGCUUUGGGUCGCCUGGGGAGAGGAGCAGAGCAAUGUGAAGUUUGUGUUGGUGAAGAGCGAGGCUUCUUUGGCGAACCAUGGAGCCCGGAGCGCAGAGGCGCGCGUGGUGCUCAGCAAACACAGCCCCUGUGUCACCAAGGGGACCGCGCGACCUCCCAUGGGUGGCAUCUCACCUGAGAAACAGCGUCGGAUCGUCCGGAAAGCUUUCAGAAAGUUGGAGAAGAUCAACAAAAAAAGGGCGCAGAGAGACGCGAGCUCUGCGGAAAAGAUGGAAACUUUGGUUCAUCUUGUGAUUUCUCAGGAUCAUACGAUCCGCCAGCAGAUCCAGAGGAUUACAGAGCUGGACGCAGACAUCGAAAGGUGCGAGGCAAAGGUGCAUUUCGACAGAAUUAAAAGACACGGGGUUAAUUAUGUACAGGACACGUAUUUAGUGGAUGCUGCUGCGGGUGGCAGCCGAGGGGGAGACACAGUAUGUUCAGCUGAGACUCUUGCCAAGUUUGAAGAGUAUGUCCGGCAGUGCGAGGACAUUGUGAGACUACAAGAUGAGCUGUGGGAGCAGGAAGCCCUUAUAGACAUUUUCGCGGCGCAGAUUCAAGAGGAGCUGAACCACCGAUGGAUGCGGCGGAGGAGAGAGGAGCUGCAGGGCAAAGACGCAGAGCCAAGCGAGGGCGCAGCAUCCCUCUCCGGCACAGCGACAGACACGGCGUCAGAAAACGAGCUGCUUUUGGAAGAAGAGAGGAUCAGAACACAGCUAGAUGCGAGUUUGUACAUCGGUCUGCGCCUCAACACGGAUUUAGAAGCUAUUAGGAGCGAUUUAGAGCUGACCCAGGAGAUUUGCGGGGCGAGGGAGAAGGAGAUGAGGGAUUUGCUGGAGAAAGUGAACACUUUGGAUAUAGAGGAAGGGACGGUCAGUGAGGAGAGAUGCAGCCACGGGACAGAUGAUAAGAUGGGGAUGAUGAGCAGUUUGGAGAGGAAGAGUGAGUGGGUGGAGCAGGCCAGGGGUCUGUCCAAAGCUCACAGCCUGAACGACGACGACUCAGACACUGGCUUAAGUUCUCUGCACAGUCAGGAGUCAGACGGCCACCCUGUGUGGGAGUCACUGGUUUAGGGAUUUUAUCUGGAAGUCACUUAUCUGACUGUUGAUCAUUUUUCAACCAGAAAAAGAACACAUUUAUACAAUCUCAGGGCUCAUAAUUACUCUGAAGUAAACUUAAGUUCA